GUGGAAUGCUGGGUAUUGUUAUUCCUGCAGCACCAGGAAGUAGUAAUAACACAGAAGAAAGGGCUGUGAAAACAGAAACACAGUAAUUAAGGCAGUGAUGUUCCCAGCCUUUAAAUUUCAUGCUUUGGACUAUGCAUAUGAGAAUUUUAUGAGACAAAAGAUUUCCAUAUCUUGGAUGAUUAUUCCAUUCCCUAAAGGAAUCCAAAAAAAUGAAAACUAUUGUCACAACAGGAUCUUUGCCAAUGAUAAUUACCGAAGACCCUGGACAAGGACUACAACACUCUCAGGAUGUAAUGUGCAGCAUGGUGAUUCUGUGUUGAAUGAGUGGAAAAACUGCCCCAAAUUUGAUGAUUUUUUGGAUAAGUACCACACACCAGUAUUUUGUCAUAAUGGUAACUUUUUUGAGGUUAUUCCAAGUUCAAACCCCAGUUCCCAGUUAGACUUGGUGGAUAUCUCCAAAAAUACUCAGAAUGAUAAUGUAAAAAGAGAGAUGAUUCAUGAAGACUGUUGGAAGACUGGUAUUGACUCCAUAAUGGAAGAGUCUAUUAAAGACUAUUUUCUUAAAGAGGAAGUUGUAUUUGUGGAUCAUCUUGCAAAUUUUAGGCAUCAUAUGCCCAAUCUGUCUGUCCUCCUAAGCCGCUUGAAACUGAUCCCUGUAGAAGACCCUUUCACAACCUGGCAUAAUGUCUGUUCUGCACAGCAACACCUUCUCAGAAUGGAGACUUUUAAGGAAAGUGAAAAAACAAGUGCAAAUUUAUGUACAGAACAAUUUCACACACUGCCUCUAGAACCUGAAAAGAAUUUCAUGCUGCCUUUUAAACUUGAAGCCAGUAAUGAAACAAGAGCAAAUGGAACCUGUGUAACAGAUCUUAGAAUUAUAGAGCUGACUCCUGAAUAUGUGACACUCGAAAUAAAAGAAGGAGAAAAGGAGGCCGCAGAUCUUUUGACUAAAGCAGUGUUUAAAUUGGAACCUUUUAUAGAGAAAAACUAUAAAUCAGAUGGCUGUAAAGCAUUGUUAGACACAGCUUCAUUCUUUUCUCACCAAGAGGGUGAGCUGGAAGUUCCGUUCACUCCUCCAUUCCCUCCUCAGGAACCUCACCACAUUUCACCUCUGUGUGUUAAUCUCAUACCAGAAGAAAUGUCACCUGCUCCUCAUAUCUUACGAAUCACUGAUGCAUCCAAAGAUAUACUGGAAAACCUGACAUUUAAUUCUGAAAUUUACCCUCUUAUGCUUAAAGUUCCAUCUGUUCAGUACACAGUCCAUCAUUUGACUCUUUGUGAAUUAAAAAAGUUGGUGUCUGUCAGUUUGGAGACUAUGGAGUCACAAGCACUUGUCCCAAUGGAAAAUAACUGGUGGAGUGAAUUGGGGUUAAAUGUGCUGUGUAUUCAUUCCAUAGAGCCACUGAAUGAAACUAAUAUAGCCAGCAAUCUAAUAUCCACCAAAUUACCUGAAGAGUCAUUCAGAAAAAUCUCUAUGGGCCAAGCUGAACGAUUGCUGGAGGAGGCAUUCUUUGAAAAACAAAGAGACACGCUGCAGGAAUGUGAAAAGCAAUCUAAAUCCAAUGACUGUUUCUUUGCAAAGAUAAAACCCUUAUGUUACCCUUCACAAAGGGCUCCAAAUGUGGUUUCUGGAGAUAUGGCUGAUAAUAUAACUCCUAAUGUUUUUUUCAUAGAUAGGCAGGAACACGAUCAUUUAUGCAGCACAGUUCCUUGUUCAAGCACAAGCCAUAAUUCAACAAAUUGUAAAAACUUAGAACCUAGCAAAACAAAUUCAUAUGGAAAUUCUACCUCAAGCAAAAGUAGCACACGCCUUUUGGAAACCCAGACACAUUCAAGUGAUGCAUCAGACUUACUAAAUGCCUUUAUAAUGCUUAGAACCAGAAAACCACAAGACUCGUCCAAUAUCGUUGUUAAAGAGUCUCCUUUAAAAGAAAAUAAAGACCUUGACAUUUCCUGUCCAGAAUCCAAUCUAGAUAACUACUUUACAUGUGAUGAUAUCACUGAACUCAGCUCAAAAGAGGAAGUAGAAUCUCUUCUUCAGUUUAACCACAUUCCACCAGCAGAAAACCAGUGUCUUGCAUACAGAAUCCUUGAAGCAGAAGCCUUACCAGUACUGAACGCACUAGUAGACCUAAAUGUGCCUGCAUGCAUGAACUGGAGGUUUUCAACUAUCUGCUUUGAUAGAACUCGAUUUUUCAUAAGGCAACAAGAAAAACUUGUGACAGACAUCCUUAAUAUGGGUAAGAAAGAAGACAGAGAGAUAAACAUAUUUAAGUAUGCGGCUCUUUUCCAUAUACUUGUGACACUCCGAGAUCUUAUCCUCAUGUGUACAUUUGAUAAAGCACUAGUGUAUUUGUGCAAAGCAAAGGAAAUAUAUAAGAGUGCUCUGGGAGCCAGUUUAGAUGUUGUCUGGAGGAAGCUAAGGAUUGUACAGUUUGUUGGACAAAGGAAUCAAGAAGAAAACCCCAAAGUAAAAGCAUUACAAGCCCUGUUAUUACAGUGGAGGGAAAAGAGGUACCAAGAUGAUUUAAAUUCAAAAGUUCUUAUUAUAACACAGCUGAACCAAGGUGAUGUCCAAUGCAUCAUUCUCAAUGCCCUUUGCAAUGCAGAAGGUAUGAAGACAGUUCACUUGUGCCCUACAAAAGGCAUGUGUCUUGACAAAAAAACUAUUUUGGACAGUUUAAAAGGCUGUUCCAGCAUUAUAGUAAAUAACAAAUGUAUAGGAAGAGAUUUUCCUUGGACUUACUUUUCACUGGUGAUUGAGUAUGAUGGUACUGACUGCUGGCAGACACUGUGCCAAGACCUAAAACUUCACUAUGUCACCCUUAUAACCAGCCUACAGGAUUCUUCCUUCAUGGUUGGGAAACCUGUAAAUAUCAGUUUUGCUGAUAUCCUUUUUGAUAUUCAAGUUCCCUAUGUAUUCGUGACAUCAGAUGGACUUAUAAACAGACCAGAAAUCCUACAGCUCAUGGAGUCCAGAUAUAAUAUAACCUUUAUUGAAAGAAGCAGUAGUGCAUCCUUGCAGCUGUUUGGAACAACUGACCAAUAUGCAAUCAUAUCUCUAGACUGGUGUACUGCCAUUGUGAUGCAGGACUUAGAGGAAUUGAAAGAUAUGAAGUCUUCAGAGAAACUAAUCCUUAAUCUUGUAGCCCUGUCUCUGCAGUACAGCUGGUGUUGGCUCAUAUUAUAUUCUAAGCAGAGGUAUCAUUCUAUGUACAGUCUUUCUGGAAAUGUAAUAAACAGUCUGGCCUUAAUUUAUGCAUCAAUUCUUCCAUUAGCUUCAAAGUCUGAUGAAUUGGAAGUGAAGGUUUUUAUUAUGCCAGGGGUGGAGGAAACCGCUUUGUUAAUUCGCAAGAUCGCAGACUACACUCUCAUGUCUUAUAAAAAUGACCCUUAUGAGUGGCUGGAUAGAUCGUGGCUGUCUAUUAUGCCUUCUGAGGAAGAACAGUGUUUACUUGCAUUUCCUUGCAUUAAUCCCAUGGUGGCUCAGCUGAUGCUACACAAAGGCUCAUCCUUAAAAUGGCUCCUUUCAGCAUCUAAGGAACAACUUCAAGAAAUCAUGCCGGAUGUGCCAUCAAAAGUGCUAAAGCAUUUCAAUGAAAUUACUUCCUUACAUCAGAUAAGGGCUUCCUCCCAGCACCCAGAUGAUAUGACAUUGUUUGAUAAUAACAAUGUUCCAACUCCGCUAACUGCCAUUAAUAUAGAGGAUAGCUCAAAUGGCAAAACUUUCAGUAACAAACAGACCUACAAUGCAGAUACCAUUCAUGCUUACAGAGAUAAAUUACCAGAAGCAACAACAAAAGGUGUCUCUUUUAAUGAACGAUUCACAUGCUCAGAGGCUGAAACUAUACAAUCCAAAGCGAAUGUACUGAAUGUGUCAGAUAAAGACCAAUUUGUUGGUAGCAGUGCAGAAAGAAGAAGUGAUUCAUCCUUACGAGUGUUUGCAUCAAUGGCUUCAUUUCUAAAUCACCAUACAGAGACAGAAGGUGACAUUAAUCCUUGGCAUUACCAACCGAACAAAACACAGGCCCAUACAUCUUUAUACCUUAAGGGAGAUUUCAGUGUUUCAGCUUUCUCUAGAGAUGCAGAGGAACAUAACAAAGAUUUUGCGCACCAUCUUUUCACAGAUAAUCACGGCACUAGGCAAAAUUCUAGUUUUCAUCCUAAGGGAGAGAGAUUCUUUAUGGACUUACUUAGCCCAAAGCCAAGCCAAAUUUCAAUGUGUUACCCAAAUGAAUUGCCAGACACUGUGUGUACUAACCAUCUUCUGCCUUCAGAAAUGCCUAGGGUCUUGUAUACCCCAAAUCAAAGAACCAAAGCAUUUCAUCUUGCCCAUUUAUCGAGAGAAUGCUACGACUUAACUGAUGAUGAAAAUAGUGGUUUAACAGAUGCAGAAAAAUCAAAAGGAAACCAGUAUUUCCAGCGAUCUCAACCCAAGAGAAGAAAGCUCUUAUAUGAAAGAAUUCCAGGACGAUGUGAUGGGCAAACUCGACUAAAGUUCUUCUGAAUGACAUGUAGUCGGCUGUACUUCAUAUGCUGAUGGUUCUUCCUUUAUUACUGGAUGUAUUUAUUAAGCAACAGAAAAGCCCAUUUUAUUUUGCCGUGAUCCCCUAUAGAACAGCAGUAUAGCUAUUAACUAUUGAUACAUAUUGCCACCUCAAAUUGAGCAAGUUUAUAAUAAAGUACCUCUACACACUU